AGUGGCCUGCGCGCAGAUGGCAGCGGCGGCAGCGGCGGCAGCGAUGACGGCUGCGGGCGGUGGCGGGGCUGGGGCAGCCCGUUCCCUCUCGCGCUUCCGAGGCUGCCUGGCCGGCGCGUUGCUCGGGGACUGCGUGGGCGCCAUCUACGAGGCGCACGACACCGUCAGCCUGACGUCAGUCUUGAGUCACGUCCAGAGCCUGGAGCCGGAUCCUGGCACGCCGGGCAGCGCGAGGACAGAAGCACUGUACUAUACAGAUGACACAGCCAUGGCCAGGGCCCUGGUGCAGUCCCUGCUGGCCAAGGAGGCCUUCGACGAGGUGGACAUGGCUCACAGGUUUGCCCAGGAGUACAAGAAGGACCCUGACAGAGGUUAUGGGGCAGGAGUCAUCACCGUCUUCAAGAAACUCCUGAGUCCCAAGUGCCACGAUGUCUAUGAGCCUGCCCGGGCCCAGUUCAACGGAAAGGGCUCCUAUGGCAAUGGGGGUGCCAUGCGGGUGGCAGGCAUCCCCCUGGCCUACAGCAGCAUCCAGGAUGUGCAGAAGUUUGCCCGGCUCUCAGCCCAGCUGACCCACGCAUCCUCCCUGGGUUACAAUGGUGCCAUCCUGCAGGCCCUGGCCGUGUACCUGGCUCUGCAGGGUGAGUCCUCUAGUGAGCACUUCCUGGAGCAGCUUCUGGGCCACAUGGAGGAGCUGGAGGGGGAUGCCCAGUCAGUACUGGAUGCCAGGGAGUUGGGUAUGGAGGAACGUCCAUACUCCAGCCGACUGAAGAAGAUUGGAGAGCUGCUGGACCAGGACUCAGUGAGCCGAGAGGAAGUGGUGUCUGAGCUAGGGAAUGGCAUCGCUGCCUUCGAAUCUGUGCCCACCGCUAUCUACUGCUUCCUUCGCUGCAUGGAGCCCGAUCCCGAGAUCCCUUCCACCUUCAAUAGCCUCCAGAGGACUCUCAUCUAUUCCAUCUCACUUGGUGGGGACACAGACACCAUCGCCACCAUGGCUGGGGCCAUUGCUGGUGCUUAUUAUGGGAUGGAUCAGGUGCCAGAGAGCUGGCAGCAGAGCUGUGAGGGCUAUGAGGAGACAGAUGUCCUGGCUCAGAGCCUGCACCGAGUCUUCCAGAAGAGUCUGUGAGGCCAUAGCUGCUGGGGCUCUGCCAGGUCUAGCAGGAUCAAAUACAGAAACCCAAUGGUCCCUCAGGCUGGCUUCUCUAACACAGUCGUUCUGCAGUGCAGGCCAAGGGCACCCUUGGGAGGUCACUGGAACACUGAGCAAGAGACCAGUGCCUCCUUGGUGCUGGGGUUCUAGCUUGCUGCAGAGCCAUAGUGCCCUCCACCCCCUAGUCCUAGUGAGACAUAAGGGACCAGGGCAGGCUUUAUUUUGAAGGCGUACUUGGUGACAUUUUCCCUUUUUAUCUAGGACAUGGGAUUUGGGGAGGUAGAAGUGAUCUUCAGAAGUACCAUUUCUUCCUGUUGGGUUUUAGCCAGUUUGGCAGACAGUCUGUCCUUGACUGGACAGGGACCCCAGCCACAGGUUAUAUGGAUCAAGGGAGAGGCACCUGCAUCCAGCCAAUCUAGAUCCACACCUGGCCCUUGGCUGUCAUGGGAUUUGUUGACAGCUUCCAGUGGAAGUUGCAGCAAUAAACAGUUUUUUGUAAACCCUGGCAGUUUCCUGUUUCUACC